AUGGCUGCUGCUGCCACUGGUAUGUCCAUGCAAGAGGUUGCCACUUGUGUUAUGUCGGAAUUUCAAGAUCCGAAGUUCCAAGACGAGAUCGAGACGUUCAUAAACUGCCACAUUGAAGAGUUUGCCGUAGUUCACUUUGAUGGGAGCUGUCCCAUGCAGUGGGUGAAUCUUCACAGGAAGUACAAGAAGCUCUACGAGGACCGGCUGUUGAAGGUCUUAGACGACUGCGAUGCAGACUGCACGCGUUUCAUGGAGUACUUCAGCGCUUGCAGUGAAGCCUAUGGGCACGACCCGAACUUCAAGGCGCUAAUGACGGCCUUAACAGCAAGUGAGGAUUUCUCAAGCUUCCAGGAGCUGAUGUUCAACGCCGUGCGCGAGAACUGGGAGCCCGAUGAAGGCCAAAAAGGUCCAGUCGCAGGCUAUCAGUUUCACCAAGUGGAGGUUGCCCUUCCCGAAAAUGCCGAGCCUGGAAGCAGUUUCCUUGUGAACUACCUUGGCCAAGCGCACUCCCUCACGGUGCCGCCGGAGAGCGAAGGCGUGAUGACUGUGACGCUGCAGGAAGUGGAGAACGAGAUGAUCGCUGGAGUGCGAAAUGUCUGUCGCAUCGGAGUGGAAACCUACCCGGAAAUGCCGCGGACCGAAUGGGUCUUGCAGAAUCCGGGUCAGGUCUGCCUAAACUCCAGCCAGGUCCACUGGACUGCAGAGGUGGAAGAAGCGAUCAAAGGCGGGACCGUCGCAGAGUAUUUCACACAGCUGAGCGAUCAGCUGCUGGACCUGGUCCGGCUGGUGCGCGGUGACAUCACGAAGCUGCAGAGGAUGAGCAUUGGAGCUCUCGUGGUGAUCGAUGUCCAUGCAAAGGACACCGUGGAGAAGCUUGCCAAGGAAAAGAUCGACGACUGCAUGUCCUUCGAGUGGAUUUCGCAGCUGCGCUACUACUGGGAGAUGGACGAUCGGAACUCUGAGAACAUGUGGGUCCGUAUGGUGCAGACUCCUUUCCCGUAUGGCUAUGAGUACUUGGGAAACUCCUUCCGCCUGGUGAUCACUCCCCUCACAGACAUGUGCUACAUGACCCUCAUGGGUGCGCAGAGCCUGAACCUGGGAGGUGCUCCGGCCGGGCCUGCUGGUACGGGCAAGACGGAGACGACGAAGGAUCUGGCCAAAGCACUGGUCAAGGAGGAGCUGGAGGAAAAACUGAACCUUCCGGUCCUGGAGCAAAGCCUCUUAUUGGCGACAUGCUCGUCUCCUCUAAGGAACAGCCUCGAGUUAAGGCGUGCCGCCGAUCAGCGGCAGAUGGACGAUGCCGCGAAGUUAGACUUACUGCUUGUCCGCUUGGAUCCCAUCUGGGCAAGGACUAUUGAUGAUAUCCGCACUGGAGUUAGCUGCUUCACAGAGGUACCUGCAGAACUUCAGAAAGACCGCCACUUCGUUCGCACAGUGGUUGAAAGCUGUGGCUUGCUACUUGCAAAGGUCCCCCAUGCAUACAGGUCAGACGAGGAAAUCGUAGUUGCGGCAGUGGCGGAGAAUCCAGCCGCAAUGGCCUUUGCCAUCUGCAAUCGCAGCUUAGUUCUUGCUGCCGUGACAUGUCAGGGCCUUGCUCUUCAGUUUGUACCCAAAACCUACCGAGACGAUCCGCGCAUUGUCUUGGCUGCGGUCAGGCAGGAAGGUGGAGCGUUGCAGUACGCUAGCAAAAACCGGCUGCAGGACAAGGCUAUUGUCUUGGCAGCUGUGUCGCAAAGUGGGCGAUCCCUCCAGCUUGCAGCUCCGCACUUGCGCGAUGACCGGUACGUGGUCCUCGCAGCUAUCGCCGAGGAUCCCUUGGCGAUAGCUCAUGCCUCGACCGCUUUGAAAGACGAUGCUGACGUCGUUCUGGCGGCAACUUCCCAAAAUUGGCGUGCCAUGAAGUUCGCGUCAGCACGGCUGCGUGGCGAUCGUGACUUCUGUUCGAGGGCGGCCAGCCACGACAAGCGGUGUGUCGUCUUCAAUUGCUCCCCAGAAAUGGACUACCUCAUGGUUGGCAAGUUCUUCAAGGGCCUGGCGUCAAGCGGCGCUUGGUGUUGCUUUGACGAGUUCAACCGUAUCUACAUUGAGGUGCUCAGUGUCAUCGCCCAGCAGCUGCUUCAGCUUUUCAGCGCGAAGCGGGAGUUGACGUCCUACAACGACUCUGUGGAGCUGGAGUUUGACUCUACCUUGAUCAUGAUGCGGCCCACCUUCAACGUCUUCAUCACGAUGAACCCAGGUUAUGCUGGGCGAAGCGAGCUUCCUGACAACUUGGCUGCCUUGUUUCGACCAAUGGCCAUGAUGGUUCCUGACUAUGCCAUGAUCGGCGAGAUCAGCUUCUACGCGUUUGGCUUCGAGAAGGGGCGGCAUCUGGCAAAGAAAAUGGUCACGACCUUCCAGCUCUGCAGCGAGCAGCUUUCUGCCCAAAGCCACUACGACUACGGCAUGCGAGCUGUCAAAACUGUGAUUGAAGCUGCUGGCCUCAACAAGCGCAAGUACCCGGACCAAAGUGAGGGGCAGAUCCUACUCCGAGCUCUGCAAGACGUCAAUGUGCCAAAGUUUCUGAAGGAUGACCUUCCGCUGUUUUACAACAUCAUCUCGGACCUCUUCCCAGGCGUGGAGAAGUGUGAAGCUCAGAGUACCCUCAUGCCCGCAAUCGAUUAUGGUAAGUUGGAUGAGAUGGCAAAGGAGAAAUCCAAGGACACGAAUCUGCAGCCAACAGAUUACUUCAUUAAGAAGCAGUUCGAGCUCUUUGACAUGAUCCAGGUUCGUCACGGCAUGAUGCUGGUUGGCCCAACCGGUGGCGGAAAGACCUGCUGCUAUCGCACGCUCCAGGCGGCUUGCACGGCCUUGGUGGAUCCGAAGGAUGGUGAGUCUCCUUUCCAAAAGACGCACGUGCACGUGCUCAACCCGAAGGCCAUUACCCAGAACCAGCUCUACGGGGCCUUCGACGAGGUGACGCGAGAGUGGUCUGAUGGAGUAGCUGCGGAGCUGAUCCGCAAUGCGACCCGCGACAACCACAAUCCGGACCAUCACUGGGUCAUGUUUGAUGGGCCCGUGGAUGCUUUGUGGAUUGAGAGCAUGAACACGGUCUUGGACGACAACAAGAAGCUUUGCCUGGUCAGUGGCGAGAUUAUCGCACUGACAGCCAAAAUGCGGAUGCAGUUCGAAGUGGAGGAUCUGGAAGUGGCAUCGCCCGCGACCGUCUCUCGUUGUGGGAUGAUCUACAUGGAGCCAGAGAGUCUGGGCUUUCAGCCUUUCUUCGACUCCUGGCUUGAGGCGCUGCCCGAGACCUUCUCCUUCAAGCCAAUCCUUGCUCAGACAUUGCGACGAUUGCUCGAGGAAGUCGUGCCGCCUUGCAUCGCCUACGUGAACAAGAAGACGGUCAGAUGUGUCACAACGACCGAUAACAACACCAUCCAGGCUUUGUUCAAGCUGAUGGAUUGCUACUUCGUGAACUAUCAACCGACGGAGCUGAAGCCUGCGGCUUCUUUCAAAGAAGCCAUCGCAGAGCAUCUUGGCUUGCAUUGGCACGGCUUGGGGGAUCGCGUCACAGUGCUGAUGCCAUCCUGUGAUGGAUGCUUCGUGUGUUUCUUGCUGCCCGUGUCGAACUUGGUCCCUCUCUUCUUCUUCUGCCUGAUCUGGUCUGUUGGAGCUACGUGUGACGCGAAGAGCCGAAAGGGCUUUAACGAUUUGGUCUGGGCGACGGUAAGCGAAGAUUUGCGGCCACCGAUCGUCGAAGAGCUGGAGAAGGCCUUCCUAACCGCUCCGCCAGUGCAGCCAGACGUGGAGCUGCCUGGAAUUGAGCCUGGGGAGAUGCUCUACGACUACUUCUACGACCAGGAGAAGAAGCAGUUUGUACCAUGGAUGACUACCAUUCCGAAGUUCGAGGUCCCGCGCGGGGCGAAGUACGAGGAGAUCGUGGUUCCCUCCGUGGACUCGGUGCGCUUGGUGUACAUCUUCCAGCUGCUGGUGCUGAAUGACAAGCAUGUCCUGUGUCCAGGGCCCACGGGUACCGGAAAGAGCGUCAACAUCUCGCUGUGGCUUCAGAAGCAGGCGCCGGAAAAUUACCAAGGCGUCUUCAUCAACUUCUCAGCUCAGACGCACGUGAACCAGCUGCAAGACCUGAUCGACUCGAAGCUUGAGAAGUCGGGGGAGUACUACGGGGCGCAGCCUCCGAUCGAGCUUAUCCGACAGUGGCAUGAUCACGGAGGAGCUUGUGAAGCACGGGGCUCAGAUGUGCAAGCGGAAUCCACCGGGCAGUCUUCGGCGUUCCCCUUGGGGCGCCAGGGGUUCAACAUCAUUGAUGUGGUCAUGGUUUCGGCCAUGGGGCCUCCCGGCGGUGGACGAACGUUCAUCACAGAGAGACUCAAGCGGCACUACAGCACGACGGCGUACUCUGACUUGUCGGAUGUGUCCAUCAAGCACAUUUUCGAUGUGAUCUCCAAGAAUUUCUUCGCGGUCUUCGAUGAAAGUGUGCAGAAGCUGCUCCCAACCAUGAUCAAUUCCACCAUCAACGUAUUCAAGCAGGCGCAGCGCAGCGCAGCGAAGAUGUUGAGGGGCCAUGCAGGUCGUAGUCGUAGUCUCCGUUUCGGCCUUGCAUGA